UUGAUCUGACGCAGGACACCACUCUUAUCACGCGUUGACUCGCAGCUGCUCAGGGUAGAGCUACGAGAAGCUCAAGCAAGACGACACGUCCCGCCGAUACUGCAUAUCCAGCAGGCGGUAACGAGACGCUAUCGAGCAACGCAAAAGCAAAAGCCAAGGCGUCAGACAGCCAUCCAUUUUGCGCGUCCAGAUUCACCAGAUCCACCGUCGCAUGAAACUGCUGCGUCCUUGUACCUUUUCCCUUCUCGCUGUCCACGCCCUCGACGCGUGCAAAGACCCAUCCCACUUCAACAAUGGGUCGCAGAAAGAUCGAGAUCCGUCCUAUCAAGGACGAUAGGAAUCGCUCCGUCACCUUCUUGAAGCGUAAAGGCGGCUUGUUCAAGAAGGCAUACGAGUUGAGCGUCCUCUGCUCCGUCGACGUCGCUGUCAUCAUCUUUGGCAACAACAAGAAGCUCUAUGAGUUUUCGUCCGGCGACAUCAACGAGACCGUCGGUCGCUUCCAAUAUUAUGGCGGCGCGCACGAACACAAGGGACCAGCCGACUUCCAGGGUAAAGGCGGUGCCGCUGGUGAUGAUGACGAGGAGGGAGACGAGGAUCCGGCCGAACAGCACGAAUCGCACUCGCCGCCAGAGGCAGCCAUGAUCCAACAUCCUCUGCACAACCAACCCGGCCUCCAGCACAUGAGAAACGUCACGCCAUCCGCAUCACCUCCAAUCCCCAAUGGCUCAAUGCCUGCCUUCCCUCAGCGCAUGGCAACUCCCCAGCCGCCGAAUGGCUCCCGCCCUGCUUCUCGCGUCUCGCACUUCCGCCGUACCAGCUCAAAUCUCGUGCCUCAACACAUGGGCACCCCGUCGCAAGCCCCUCCGCCCCAGCCUACAUACGCAUAUUCGCCCAACCCGCCAUACCACCCUCCUCCUCCGAAUGCCGUCAUGCAGCGACCUACCCCGCAAGGAUUCGCCGUUCAACCUCCGGGAUACUAUGCCGCAUACCCUCCUCCAACUCAACAACAGAUGCAGGUCGCUGCUCAACAGGCAUAUCUGCAAGAACAAAGAAGACAAUCAUCCGUACCUCCACACUUUAUGAGCCAGGUCCAUCCGGGCGCACAGCAACACAUACCACCACCUCAACAACAGCAGCAGCAGCAUUACCAACAGAACCAGGCACACAGCGCCCAGCCUUCUCCCCAACCCGACCAGAACACUUUCCAAAAUCCACCGCUCCCUCAACCAAGGCCCUUGCCAGCCCAUGCCAGAUCACACAGCAUAUUCACCCCGAUCGAUGAUAGCCGUUCACUUCUUGCGCAGCACUGGGGUGGCAGCAGUUCGAACUACAGAGAACCAGUCAUUAAAACCGAACCUCCCCGCUCGCAUUCUGUUGAUGUGUCGUUUGCGUCGCGACAAAGGCCCAAUGGAACAUCUCCAAAGCCGGCAGAAACAGCGCCACUACCAGUCACGUCUAACCCUACCAUGCAAGCGCCGCCUCCAGGACCUCCUCAACGUACGGCAUCUAUAUCGUCAAUCCCAGGACCCGUACGUCCAGGUGGCGCGGCAGCUGAAGCGAAACGACCGAGGUUGAAAGUACAGAUUCCCAGCGAACAGUCGGAUGGUGGCAGCGCGACUGCAGAUUCGUCGCCCAAGGAUGGUGGGACAGCAUCGGCUACUCCUCUGCGCGUAGGUCAAGGGGUAGUUCUGCCACCCCCUUCGCCAUCUACCAAUGCAGUCCUUUCUGCUGGAGCGUCUGGACCACCCAAUCCAUUUGCGCGACCGGCACCGCCGAUCAGUACGAAUCCGCAUGUAAAUCGUGAGCGAGACCACAUCGAAACACCACUAUCUGCAUUGCCGAGCCGGGUCAUGGACGGCAAUCACCUCUUACCUAGUCCAUCAUCAUUCUGGCCAGAUGCAUGGUUCGGAAGAGAUAACAACAUGAUGCCGAGUCCCCUCAACUUCCAGACACCGGUUGUAUUGAGUGGGCCAGGGUUCAGAGAAGAGGACGAGAAGAAGCGAAAAGCCGAAGAAGAAGCAGGAGGCGGUGGGAAAAGGCCGAAGGAGUAGAGGAUUGAUUGCUUAUUAAUGAUUAUAUUCUGGGUCAGGUGAAGCAAGUGGGCGUUAAUUAGGACAGCGAAUGUGUGAGGAUAUCUGAGCAAUAGCAAAAAGAAGUGGCUGGU